AUGAAGGGCAAUCAUUUAGCUAUAGCUUUUGAUCGCGUAUCAUUGAUUUUGGCUUGUGUUCUUCCAACUGUCUCUGGAGCCAGGGCAGCUUCUACGCUUUCGGUAACGUCUCCUCUCGGUCCUGUAGUUGAUCUGGGCUAUGCUGCCUACGCAGGAAAUUCGACUUCCCCUGCAGGUACGUUGAACGGCAGUGUAGUGUUUUUUGGUGGCAUACCGUAUGCGCAACCUCCUCUGGGAGAUCUACGCUUUCGUGCUCCUCAAACACUGGAUGAGACUGUGGAUCGUAACAUGAAUGUUACCGUUGUCGAUGCGAGAAAUUUCGCUCCACCCUGCGUCCAGCAGCCCGCGGAAGUUGGUGUCGGCUCAGAAGAUUGUUUACACUUAAACAUAUGGAAGCCGGCCAAUGCGACUGCACAAUCCAAGCUUCCCGUCAUUGUUUAUAUCCAUGGAGGGGGAUUCGACGUCAGGGGCCCUGAAGGAUAUCCGCUGUACGAUUGGGUUGCGCAGCAUCCGAAUAUCGUGGGAGUGGGAAUCGCCUAUCGUCUGAAUGUGCUUGGCUUUUUGGCUGGCUCAGUGGUCGCCGCUGAUGGUGAUUUGAACACUGGCCUUCUUGAUCAACGCGCGGCUCUAGAAUGGGUGCAGCGUCAUAUCAAUCAAUUUGGAGGUGAUCCUGAACGUGUCACAAUCAUGGGUGAGAGUGCCGGAGGCGCCAGUGUAGUCAUGCAGACAGUUGCAUAUGGAGGUAAGCUGUCCAUGCGGAUUUUAACCUUCCUCGUCAAUAUAUUUACAAUCGGUGUCGGCGAGAAAGGCACGAAGCCGGUGCCUUUCAAACAGGCCAUACCUCAUUCCAUCGGCUAUGGCUCAAUGCUGGAUCCUCUUUCACCUCUUGCCGAGGAACUAUAUAAAAACUUUACUUUCGCUGUAGGCUGUUCAAACGCAACGGCUGAUACUCUAGGAUGCUUGAGGACCGCAUCGCUCGAGUCUAUUGUUACCGGAAUCAAUGCCAUAGGGGUCGGUCGUAUCGGACCUACAGUUGACGGCACUUUCAUCCCGGACCUGCCUUCGCGUUUGCUUCGUGAUGGGCGCUUCAACACUGUAGACCUUCUCGCGGGACACUGCACCAACGACGGGCGCACUUUCGCCGGCGGCCAACCUUCUCAGUUCGUCACUGAUGCGGAUAUUACUGCUCUCACGUUGUCCACCUAUCCAUUUCUUACGAAUCGAACUUUGGACGCGGUGUUCGACCUUUACCCAAAGGUCAAUGCGUCAGGCAGCCCAUUCUCCACCGAAUAUGACCUAGCUGGGACGAUUGCGGGAGAUGUCGUGUUCACUUGCAUGGACCAGUACAUGGCCGAUCGGAUGCUCGCGAAGGGAGCGAAGAGUGUUUAUACAUUCCGGUGGAAUGUUCCCGAUCCGGUACUUUUGGCUGCCAGUCCAUAUCUCGGCGUGAUGCACACGUCUGAUUUGUACUUCUUAUUCGAUGGUGUCAAUUCUGGGCCAAAUGCAGGGUUCACAUUCACGCCGUUCAACCAGCUACAUAGUCCGAGGCUGUUCUCAACAGAGAAGCUAUAG